AUGCAUAUGUCCCGUCCAUCCGAUUUGCGUUACAUUGAACUGGAAGAGGAAGAAGAGAUGUUUCGACAGCAACAACAGCUGCACGCCAGGAAUGCUGCCAUUGAACGUUCUUGGCAGCGUCGUCGCUUAGCCCAGCAAGCUUCGUUGUCGAGCAGCGGAACAGCUGAUCUUGGCCCAUCUGCCGGUGUCGUGAACGAUCGUUACUACUCUGCGGCAACUAUGGCUGAUGCGGGGGUCUCUGAUGGUGACGGAUACGAGUCUGAGAUUGAUCGUCCAAAUAGCGUAGACGGCUAUUCAAAGAGAAGGUCUGAUGCUCGUGCUGUUGUCAGUGCUAGUGGCAAGAUCCAGCCCCUGUUCGGCGUUUACCAACAGCGUCAGCCCUAUGGAGGUGGCACCGGCAGCGAAGGUGCUUCGACCCCGGUCGUUAGCAUGCCGAACGCGCAUCCAUACACCGUUGACUUCAAAUUUAGCGGUGUUAGCGACGAUGCAUACGAAAAGCCGUUGGCACAGUCAGGUGGACGAAGUGGUCCGAUAGCCCCUGAUCGACGACGUGCUGUUUACGGUAGUGAAUAUAACAGUUCUAAGGUUAGUUGUGUUGAUUCGGACUUCGUUAACCGUGAAGCCGAUUCGGCGCGCAUGGUCAUGAAAACCGAACGGGCUGGUUUUGCUCGUAGGGAUUCGCCUUCGUCGGAAAAGUCUGAAAGGUAAGA